GUCUCUCUCACUGCUAAAUCUUCUCUCUCCGUCUUCUUCGAUCUUCUUGCACCCUCUCACAUUUAAGCCUAUAUUCCACUUCUUCUCCCCCUCACACACACAAACCCCUUCAUAUCCGUUGCCCAGAAGAGAAAAAUGGGGCUCUUGUCCACAAAAGUCACGUGCAACAGUCAUGGCCAGGACUCUUCUUACUUCCUGGGAUGGCAGGAAUAUGAGAAGAACCCUUACGACCGGGUCAUGAAUCCCGAAGGAAUUAUUCAGAUGGGUCUCGCAGAGAAUCAGCUGUCUUUUGAUCUCUUGGAGUCAUGGCUGGAUAAGAACCCAGACGCGGCGGGAUUCAAGAGUGCUGGGAAAUCCAUAUUCAGAGAACUGGCUCUCUUCCAAGACUACCAUGGCCUCCCUGCUUUCAAGAACGCAUUGGUCGAUUUCAUGGCCGAGAUUCGAGGAAACGCUGUCACUUUUGAUCCCGACCACAUCGUUCUCACUGCCGGCUCCACUUCAGCCAACGAGACCCUCGUCUUCUGCCUCGGCGAACAAGGCGACGCCUUUCUCAUUCCCACCCCAUACUACCCUGCAUUCGAUAGAGAUCUUAAGUGGCGAACUGGGGUUGAGAUCGUUCCGAUUCAAUGCAGCAGCUCAAACAACUUCCAAAUUACUGAAUCUGCGCUGCGAGAAGCUUGUGAGGAGGCCAAAAAGCGUAACCUCAGGGUGAAAGGCGUGUUGGUCACGAACCCCUCAAACCCACUGGGCACGACAUUGUCCCGGGAUGAAUUGAAUCUCCUCAUUGACUUUAUCAACGAGAAAAACAUCCACUUGAUAAGCGAUGAGAUUUAUUCCGGGACCGUUUUUAGCUCCCCAUCCUUCAUCAGCGUCAUGGAAAUCCUGGAGGAAAGAAACUACCACAAGGAUUCCCACCCUGAUGUAUGGGACAGAGUUCACGUCGUGUACAGUCUCUCAAAAGACUUGGGUUUGCCGGGCUUCCGUGUUGGCGCCAUUUACUCCGAAAACAACACCGUUGUGGCCGCCGCAACAAAGAUGUCCAGCUUCGGUCUGGUCUCUUCUCAAACUCAGUAUCUUCUCUCUGCCUUGCUCGGAGAUAAGAAAUUCACGAAGAAGUACAUCUCCAAGAACCAGAAAAGGCUUAAACGACGACAGAAUAUGCUCGUUUCAGGCCUACAAAAAGCAGGCAUCAACUGCCUCAACAGCAAUGCAGGAUUAUUCUGUUGGGUCGACAUGAGACACCUUUUACAGUCCAAUACCUUCGACGCCGAGAUGGAGCUAUGGAAGCAAAUAGUGUACGAGGUCCGGUUAAACAUCUCACCCGGCUCCUCCUUCCAUUGCACAGAACCCGGUUGGUUCCGGGUCUGCUUCGCCAACUUGUCUCAAGACACUCUUAAUUUAGCCAUCAAACGAUUGAAGAGCUUCGUUGCUGAGUCGUCACCGAGCGGAGCUCAUCACAGUCGUGAAAGUUCAAAAACCAGGUCGCUCACCAACUGGGUUUUCCGGCUAUCCUCACGUGUUCGUGAGCAAGAAGAACGAUAGUCUGGUCACGUGGUCGUUGGUGUGAACGCAUGCAAAUUUUUUUCUUUUUUUUCCCUCGCUCCUAAUUAUUUCCGGGGAGGGUUAGAAUAUUUUUCAUUAUUUAAUCUUUUAUUACCGUCAGUUCUACGUAGGGAGAGAGACAGACACACAGAAAAGCACUCGGUCCAUGUGGAUUUGAAGUGUGCAGUUUAGUCAGAUAGUUAUUUCAUUUUUCUGUAAGUUGGAAAUGGAAUUUUUUUCCCCUGUAU